UCUGUCGCGAUUCACAGGUGUAUGCACAGUGCGCGAUGUGCAGCCUAGCGUAAAUAAAAAAACCUGUUUUUGUAAACUAAAACUGCGUUUUAGGAAUACCACCCACAUACCAAUCUACAUCGAAUUAUUGUGCUAUUAAAACAGUGAUCUCAAGUUCGUCGUGGUUUGUGCGAGUGUUUCGAAACAGUGACAACAAGUUUUCUUGUGCUGUGCGCGGUCCUUGAGGUGGAGGCUUCAUCAUCGCCGCUCCGUUUCUUGUUGUUUGUUUGGCGGCAAUUAGUGGUCAAGAUACCUACCGAAAUCGAGCCUCGUGAAGUUAUCACAAAGCAGAGCAGACUAAAAUUUAGACGUGAAAGUACCGGCGGCCAUGAUGGCGCCCAGCGUAUUCCAGAGGACCAAGUCUCCGCGAUCCUCGCCCGGCAACCUGUCCCGGAAACUACAGAACGGCACAGAUCGAUCAGCGCAGCCGGAGCCGGCAGCUGACUCCAGUCCUGGCAAUUCCAUCUCUGAUGCUGAAAACUUCGAGUGCUACGGCGAGGCCGACGGCGAUGGUGCUAAUGCAGUGGAAAAUGGCACUCGGAGUCCCGGAAGCCACCUGAACAGACACUCCUGGACAAGAACCAGUCUAAGAAGAACCCCGCCCAGCCAUCAGGAGAAUCUCCCGCAUCGCCGAUGGGGCUCCAUGAGACACUCUGGAAAGCGGCAACUCGGCUCCAAUGUCUUAGCCAGUCAGCUGUACCGCUCGUCGUCAUUCAACUCGUCGGGCUGCGGGUCUGGCGGCGAGCCGGCCGACGAUAUGUACUCUGAUGUCUCGCUAGAGGAAGACGUACAGGGUCUCAACUUUAAGGUGCAGCUGCUGCAGCAGCAAGUGACGUCACUGGCGGACACGCAGAGCAGCGCGGACGAGCGCUACGCCCGGGCUAAAGCCGACAACGCUGUACUACAAGCUAGAGUGCACAUGCUCGACGAACAGAUACGUGAGAUCGAGUGUCGGUGUGAAGAGAGGAUUGCGGAGGAGCAGCGACGAUGUCGUGACGCCAUAGCUCGUGUGGAGCGUGACAGAGACCAGCAGCUGACCGCACUGAAUGAUAGACUGUCUGCCGCUGAGACUGAAGCCUCAGAUCUUAAACAAGAGGUUGGCAGACUCCGUGGAGUAGCAGAGACGUUGCGAGCGAACGCUGAAGCAGCAACGAGGGCGCACCGCGAGGCUCAGGAGCAAGUAGGCGAGCUGGUCGCACAGCUGAGCGCAGCGAGGGAAGCUGAGCGGAGAGAACGGGAGACCGCAGCAGCGACCGCUGAUCUACUGGCAGCGACGAAGUUAGAGCUGCAAAGAUUCACCGAAGCCCCACCACCGCCGCCCGACCCAAGACUUGACGAGCUCAGGAAAGAACUUGUGCUGUUACGGACGCAAAAUAAAUCUCUAUCGGAGGCCCAAGAGGAGCUACAGGCGCAGAUCCUGACCCGCGGCGUGGAAGAAGGUCGCAGCCUGCUGGACGGAGUCAGCGGCCCACUCGUCGCCACCAACUCUCUCGCCCACGAACUCUCGCAGAUGAGCGACGAUGAGCUCGAUGGUAGCGAUACACUACACAGCAUAGAGUUGGAAAAGCUUCAAAAAGCUCUGAAGGAGCAACAGGACGUGAACGUGCAACUGAGGAACUACAUCGACGGGAUUCUGCUGUCGAUCGUCGAAAACUACCCACAGUUGCUCGAAGUCAAAUACCAGAAGCAACCAAGCGAAACCAAGUCAUAACAAAUAAUAUAAAAAAACUCACGUAUUUAGUGUGUUCAGCUGAAGGAAUGUCCGAAUAGAAUAGUCUAAAAUGAAUGAAUUUAUCGCGUUUAUUAUGAAUGUAAUGUCAUUUCUGUGAUAGAAAGAAAUAGUGUAAUUUGAAUGUAUUUGUCAUAGAAUUGGAGAAUAAUAUUAGAAAGGCAGAAGCAGACAACAAAAAGAAAUAUUCACAGAAUUAAUACCAUUACGUUAUAUCCAAGAACCAUGUUUGGAAAUAUGAAUAUAAAAGACGAAAUAGGACUGCCAGGAAUUUUAGAGAUGAAAUCACAUUUUUGUAAAUAUUGUGGAUAGGGAUAUCUUAUAAUGUUAUAGAAAAUAAAUUGUUCCUCUUCAAUAUCUGUGCUAAACUGCUGAUAUGUAGAAAACUUAUAAAUAAGAUAGAAUAUUAUUAAAGAUCUGUGAAGAAAUAAUAACAAAUAAAAUAUUAUGUUACUAUACAAAGGCCAGGCCGUCCAUAUAGAUAUUACUACUAUUACACAACUACUUACUUAAAAGCAAUUCUUAUGAAAGACUGGUGUGUAUAAUAAAUUUGGGUGCAUAUUUAGGUAUUGAUUAUCUUAUUGAAGUCUAAUAACUUCUAACUAAAGCCAUUAAGUAAUAAAAAGGUGUAGCUACACUCAACGGGAAUCAAUGUUCUAGAACGAUGGAUUUAGUUCCAAAUUAUUACAAAAUUAAAUACGAUAAGUAUAACUAAUUUGAAAUAUACACCGUUCUAGUAUAGGGGUCCUGCUUUGUGUGUUUCUAUUGAAAGCGUGUUUCUAUUUGCGAAUUUGAAUGUAUCUGCAUACCUUAGAACCUAGACUUUGUAAUUCUUUUAAGAGAUUGUGUACCUAUAUUUUUACAAUGAGAUAUUUAUAUUGUUAAGUUAGCAGUAGUUAUGUAGGCAUUUGUGUACAUUUUGAUAACAUUCAUGGUGUAAAUUUAAUGAGAGAUGUUAUAACAAGUCAUCAAUAUAAAUUAAAUGAAUUCUAAUAUACAAA